CUGGAGCUCCUGGUACUGCAGGUUCGGCUGCUGGGCGACACUGGACCCUCUGCGCUCAUGGCUUCCCCAAGCAAGGCAGUUAUUGUUCCCGGGAACGGAGGCGGGGACGUGGCCACGCACGGCUGGUACGGCUGGGUCAAGAAGGGGCUGGAGCAGAUACCUGGUUUCCAGUGUUUGGCUAAAAACAUGCCUGACCCAAUUACAGCUCGAGAGAGCAUCUGGCUGCCCUUCAUGGAGACGGAGCUGCACUGUGAUGAGAAGACUGUCAUCAUAGGCCACAGUUCUGGGGCCAUUGCAGCCAUGAGGUAUGCAGAAACACACCAAGUAUAUGCUAUUGUGUUAGUGUCUGCAUACACCUCCGACUUGGGGGAUGAAAAUGAGCGGGCCAGUGGAUACUUCAACCGUCCCUGGCAGUGGGAGAAGAUCAAAGCCAACUGCCCUCACAUUGUGCAGUUUGGCUCCACUGAUGAUCCUUUCCUUCCCUGGAAGGAACAACAAGAAGUGGCUGAUAGGUUGGAAGCCAAAUUGUACAAAUUCAGUGACCGUGGCCACUUUCAGAACACGGAGUUUCAUGAACUGAUUAGUGUGGUAAAGUCUAUGCUGAAAGUGCCAGCAUAGACAGGAUGGGAUUUCUGCUAUUUUGCAUUCCGGUGUAGGGGUAGAGCAAUUAUCAGGUUAUUAAUAAAAAUUAUCUGUGAUCAGAUUAGUAGACACAUAAAACAGGUCAAAUUACGUUCUGAAAAAAACACAAGUUCAAUGUUCAAACUAAGUUACAAACAGCA